UCUAUGGAGCAACAAGGAGAUAAUAAACAAACAAUUAUUAAUACAGUAGAUUCGAAUACUGAAUCUAAUCAACAACAAGAACGUAAAUUUAAAUGUCUGGAAUGCCCAAAAGCAUUCAAGUUCAAGCACCACCUUAAAGAGCAUCUGCGCAUUCAUUCGGGCGAGAAACCUUUUGAGUGUCGCCAUUGUUUAAAACGUUUUUCUCAUUCUGGUUCAUAUUCCUCACAUAUGAGCAGCAAAAAGUGCCAACAACAACAACAAAAACUUGCUGCUGCUUCUGUUAUUGUUAACUCUGAUAAACAAAUAAAUAAUCAACAACAAAAUUCUUCUUUUUCCUUUUCUUCUUCCACAGCUUCCUCUUCCUCCUCUUCUUCCCCAAAUAAUUCUUCUUCAAUAUUUGGAAAUAAACAGCAGACAAUUUCUUCAAAUAUUUUUAAUAAUAAUAAUUAUUUAUUAGAACAAUUACGUUUAUAUUAUACCCAACAACAACAAUUAAUUAAACAAGGAAAUUCUUCUAAUUUAUUUUCUUCUUCUAUAGAUUCAUUACCUAAUAAUAUUUGGAAUCCCCAACAACCCCCCUUAUUUCCCUUCCAAUUUUCGGCUGCUUUAGCUGCUGCUAGCUGUUUACCUUUAAAUUAUAAUAAUUUUAUCCAACCUGGAAUAUCCGAAUCAAUUAAUGGGAAGGAUCAGAUGGAUAUUAAAUCACCAAUAAAAAGUGAGGAAGAAUGUCAAGUUAGUACAAAUGGAAAACAAUCUAAGAACAUAACAUCAUUUUUUGACAAUUUUUGGCAAACAGCUUCUUCUAACCAAAAAAGAAUCUCUACACCUGAUACCACAAAUGCACUUAAAGCAAUAAUUUUACAACAACAAUUGGCAACGGCUGCACAACAAUGGCUAUUUAAUGGAAAUUUGGUGAAAAAUGAGGCUGGAAAGAAUAAUUGGAUUGCUGAAAAUAAAAAUGGGGAAGAGAAAAAUUCUGAAAAACAUUCUUCUUCUACAACAAUAUUUAAAGAAAUUAAACAACAAACAAAAAGAAUAAAUGAAAAUAAUGAAGAAUCGAAUAAUAAUAUUUCAGAAUUAAAUACAAAUAAUUUAUUUAAUAAUUCUUGUGUUGAUUCUAUUGAAUUAGAUGAAUGGAGGCAUUCUUCUGCAGCUGGUUCUGUCCUCCGUUCACGUUCUUUUCUUUCUGAUCAACAAUUAAGAAUUCUUGCUGAACAAUUUAGAAGAAAUUCUUUGCCUAGUAAAUAUGAAUUGUCUUCUUUGGCGGAAAAAAUUGGGGUUAAUAAAAGGGUUGUGCAAGUUUGGUUUCAGAAUAUGAGAGCUAAGGUGAUGAGAGAUUUUUAGUUAUAGAAGUUAGGGGAUAUUUAUAGAUCUAUUAUUUAUUGAUAGAUGGAAUUUUAUUUCGAAAAAAAUACUGGGGAAUAACGAGGAUAGCUUUUUUAACUCAUACCAAGGACAUGGAUUUUGGUAUC